ACACACUUAGCAUACUUAUAGACCUGAAGAUUAUACAAACAAGUGAUAAACUAAAUGAAAACCUCAAAGGAAUAAUUCUAAAACACGAGAACUAAAAAGCUAACGAUGUUGAGAAACCUGUUUGCCUUGCGCGGGCAGUGCCAGCAGCUUUUUAGGAGUUCAAUCCGGCAGCAAAACAAUGUCCAAAAAUCGCAACAAUUUUGGCGAAUGAAAUCCACGAAUUCACCGGAGGAAGCUGCUCGAAAAUUGCGGGCGAAAUCCACACUAUACUACAUAACAGCCGGCGGAGUGCUGAUCGUGGGACUUAGUUAUGCGGCGGUGCCGCUAUAUAGCAUAUUUUGUCAGGCGUACAGCUAUGGAGGAACUACCUCGCAAGGCCACGAUGCCGAAAAGGUGGAGCACAUGAAAAAAGUCGAGGAUAGGGUGCUAAAAAUACGCUUUAACGCCGAUAUUGGAUCGUCCAUGCGGUGGAACUUCAAGCCGCAGCAGUACGAGAUUAAAGUAGCACCUGGUGAGACGGCUCUGGCCUUCUAUACAGCACGGAAUCCCACGGAUAAGCCAGUUAUUGGCAUCAGCACGUACAAUGUGAUCCCCUUCGAGGCAGGCGCCUAUUUCAACAAAAUCCAAUGCUUCUGUUUCGAGGAACAGCAACUUAAUCCACAUGAGGAGGUCGACAUGCCAGUUUUCUUUUAUAUAGAUCCGGAAAUCACAGCGGAUCCAGCGCUGGAGCACUGUGACACCAUUACUCUAUCGUACACCUUCUUUGAGGCCAAGGAAGGUCUUAAACUCAACUUCCCCAGCUAUGCGAAGCCCCAUGCAGCGACGGCGUAAAAGAAAGUUGUUUGAACUUUGGUUUUAAAACAAUAAAUGUUUGUUAUACUUAAAAAUA